AUGGGGCUAGAGGAGAAAUAUCCUGCUUAUGGUGGUCGUGGCCCAGGUGACCUACGACUGGGUCUUGGCCUGGGAGCCACAGCUACUAUCUUUAUGGUGUUGCGAGUCUAUGUUCGACUUCGGGUGAAUAAAUUUGGAACAGCAGCUCUGAUAUGGUCUAUCGCAGCUUGGAUUGUUACUAUUGUCACUCAAACCAUGAGUAUCAUUGCUAUUCUACAUGGACUCGGAAACCAUAUUGGGGAUCUAGUGAAGACAAAUGAGUUGGGUAAUUACCUACUCUUUACUUGGAUCACUGUCUUCUUUUUCAAUAUGGCAAUCCCAAUUGGAAAAGUUGCAGUCUGCUCAUUCUUGAUCGAAAUGAAUGCGCAAGGCAAUCCCAAAAUUCGCAUGAGUUUAAUGGUUGUCGCCGGAUUAAAUGUUCUUUUUAGUAUUCCUCAAGUCAUCAUCUGUUGGACGCAAUGUAGUCCCCCGAGUGCACUAUGGGAUCCUCUCCGACAAGCAGAUUGUCACCCAGAACGAGCGACAUACUAUACAUACUUCAUCGGUGCCGUCGCAGUAGUCUCAGACUUAUAUCUCGCCAUCAUCCCAGCCGCUAUGUUGGUACCGCUCAAAAUCGACCGCAGACUGAAAUGGGGUUUGAGCUUCUUGAUGGGUUGUGGAAUUUUCGCAGCCAUCGCAGCCAUCAUUCGAACAUGGGCAGCCAAGUCCAUGCUGGGCACCGAUCCUUCAUACGGAAGCGGAGUGCUUUUCCAAUGGGGUCAAGUUGAAGAGUGGGUUCUUCUCAUUUCCAUGUCUAUCCCGCCAGUCUGGCCUCUCUUUCGCCCAUGGACCAAGAAAUUCUUCCCAUCCAGUUCACGGCCUUACGAUCCUUAUUCCGGCAAAGGCUACGACCAAUUUGCUUCCACUGGACGAGAGCUUACAAAUGCCGAUCCUCCUGUUGUCACUACUACUAUCUCGGUCAUGAGCAACAAGGGGACUAAGAUGGUCGAGGGGGAGAGUACAGGUGCCGCAUCAUCCUCAGAUUCUAUCAUCAAAUAUAAUGCUCAAGAAGAGGCUGUCUUGCGACAAACUGGUGACCCAGCGGCUGCACUUUCUCGUGAGAAGGAGUCAGAUGAUCACAUCGCAGCCACUGGAAAGUUAGUAGGGCCAUUCCAUGGCCUACCUAUCAGCAUCAAGGAGUCCUUCAGCGUCACUGGUGUCGACACAAGUUUGGGGGUUGUCUCCAUGCUUGACAGGCUACCUAUUGCACACGACUCAGAAAUGGUCGAGAUUCUGAUUGCGUCUGGUGCGGUAUUGUACAUUAAACACGAAGACUCUCAAAACAAUGUUUUCGGCCGAAUUCUGAAUCCGUAUAGCACAGAUAUCACUGUCGGUGGCAGCAGUGGUGGUGAAGCAUCCCUCAUAGCCAUGCGUUUUAUUUAA